AAUUAGGCUGUGAUAGUUUUGCUGGUGCCAGUAUACUGCAUGUUAUGUAAUGAUGAGGGCAGUGGAGCCGAGUCAUCAAUCAGCAUCCACACAUUUUCUUCAGGAAAUACAUUUGUCUAGUUGUUAUUACACUUAGAUUCGUGUGUAGGGUUAGAGUUAAAGUUAAAGUGAAUGAUUUUUAGUUUUAUCAUAUCUUUCACUGAAGUCUGGUAUCUCAAGACCCUGAACACUUCUUCCACUACUGCCUUCAUGGGACUCACAGUUCAGGGUCCAGGGAGAUAAGGAAUGGUCAGCAAAAUGUGAUUAAAUCGAUGUGAAGAGUAGUAGAUGGUUUAAAAGCGCUAAUGUUACAGUUAGUGUUUCAAGGCCUGCUGAAUAAAGCUUACAGACUUGUGUGGCUGGGCAGCAUAACCGCACUGCCCCUUUAACCAGCUCUCCUCUUCCGUCGCUACCACAGUGUUGUUCUCUUCCUCAUUUUGCUGCUUUGUUUUCAUUGUCGCUCUUUUAAUCAUGGCUGCUCAUUCUACCGAGGAACCGUUCCCCUUCCAUGGGCUGCUCCCCAAAAAAGAAACCGGCGCGGCGUCUUAUCUCACCAGGUUCCCGGAGCACGAUGGCCGAGGAGUGCUCAUUGCCAUCCUCGACACCGGCGUGGACCCCGGGGCCCCCGGCAUGCAGGUCACAACCGAGGGGAAGCCAAAGAUCGUUGAUAUCAUCGAUACAACGGGCAGUGGUGAUGUAAACAUGACCACUGUGGUAGAACCGAAAGAUGGGACAAUCGCUGGCCUCUCUGGUAGACAACUUAAGAUUCCUCCUGCUUGGGUCAAUCCAUCAGGGAAGUAUCACAUUGGAGUUAAAAAUGGCUAUGAGUUCUUCCCUAAGGCUCUUAAAGAAAGAAUACAGAAAGAGCGAAAGGAGAAGAUGUGGGACCCACCACACAGAGCAGCACUUGCUGAGGUCUGUCGUAAGACAGAAGAGUUUGACCUCGCUCAUCCAAUAACCUCACAGAUGGAAAAGUUGCAGAAAGAAGAGCUGCAGAGUCAGUCAGAGCUGCUGGCAUCACUAGAAAAGAAGUACAGUGAUCCUGGUCCUGUAUAUGACUGUGUGCUUUGGCACGAUGGUGUCACAUGGAGGGCGGUAGUGGAUACUUCAGAGUGUGGAGAGCUGUCCCAGUGCACAGUGCUGUGCUCCUACAGAGAGAGACAGGACUACGCAACGUUAGGAAACGCUGAGAUGCUUAACUACUCUGUUAAUAUUUAUGAUGAGGGAAAUACACUCUGCAUCGUCACUAGUGGAGGGGCUCAUGGGACACAUGUUGCAAGUAUUGCAGCAGGUUACUUCCCAGAGGAACCAGAACGUAAUGGUGUGGCCCCCGGUGCCCAAAUCCUGGCUGUGAAGAUUGGAGACACCCGCCUCAGCACCAUGGAAACGGGCACAGGCCUCAUCCGUGCGAUGAUUGAAGUAAUGAACUACAGGUGUGACCUGGUUAAUUAUAGUUAUGGGGAAGCUACCCACUGGCCCAAUUCAGGGAGGAUUUGUGAGGUCAUCACAGAGGCUGUCCAGAAGCACAAUGUGAUAUUUGUUUCAAGUGCUGGAAACAAUGGCCCGUGCCUGUCCACAGUCGGCUGCCCAGGGGGAACUACCAACAGUGUCAUAGGUGUUGGAGCAUAUGUGACUCCAGACAUGAUGGUGGCAGAGUAUUCCCUGAGGGAGAAGCUGCCUCCCAACCAGUACACCUGGUCAUCCAGGGGCCCCAGUACAGAUGGUGCCCUGGGCGUUAGCAUUAGUGCCCCUGGCGGUGCCAUUGCAUCUGUACCCAACUGGACUCUUCGUGGCACCCAGCUGAUGAAUGGCACAUCCAUGUCAUCCCCUAAUGCCUGUGGAGGCAUUGCGUUAAUCCUCUCAGGACUGAAGCAGAAUGGGAUCCGUCCCUCUGUUCCUGUUGUUAGAAGAGCACUGGAAAACACAGCUCUGAAGGUUGAUGACAUUGAGGUGUUUGCACAGGGCCAUGGAAUAAUCCAGGUGGACAAGGCAUUAGACUACCUCACUCAACACGCCUCUUUACCCACAAGCCACCUCGGCUUCUCAGUAACCGUGGGUGCACAGAGGGGCAUCUACCUCAGGGACCCAGCCCAAAUUCUUGCACCCUCAGAUCAUGCAGUAGGAAUUGAGCCCAUCUUCCCAGAGAACACAGAAAACUCUGAGCGAAUCUCCUUGCAGCUACACUUGGCACUCACAUGUGCCACCCCAUGGGUCCAGUGCCCUUCCCAUUUAGAACUGAUGAACCAGUGUCGUCAUGUCAACGUCCGCAUCGAUCCUGUGGGGCUGAGAGAAGGAGUGCACUACACAGAGGUGUGUGGGUAUGAUACAGCAGCGCCUGCCUGCGGUCCACUGUUCAGAGUUCCAGUCACAGUUAUCAUCCCUGCCAAAGUGACAGAUAGUCGUAAUCAGGAGCUGUGUUUCACAGACAUCCACUUCAGACCGGGCCAGAUCAGACGCCAUUUCUUCACUGUUCCUCAGGGUGCCUCCUGGGCAGAGAUCACCCUAACCUCUCACUCAGGAGAUGUGUCGUCAAAGUUUGUUCUCCACGCGGUCCACCUGGUCAAACAGAGAGCAUACAGAGCCAAUGAAUUCUAUAAGUUCUCUUCACUAUUGGAAAGAGGCUCACUAACUGAGGCUUUUCCUGUGCUGUCUGGUAGAGUAGUAGAGUUGUGCAUUGCACGCUGGUGGGCAAGCCUGGGUGAUGUCACAGUGGACUACAACAUCUCAUUCCAUGGACUCAACAUUUCUCCUUCACCCCUGCACAUACACGCUUCAGAGGGAGUGACGAAUUUUGAUGUGUUGUCGCCUCUGAGGUACGAGGAGGUGUCCCCAACCAUCACCCUCAAAUCAUGGGUUCAGCCCCUCAGACCCUUAAGUUCAAAGAUAAAAGCCUUGGGAAUAAGGGAUGUCCUCCCCAAUAACAGACAGCUCUAUGAGAUUGUCCUGACCUACAGCUUUCACCAGCCCAAGAGUGGAGAGGUUACCCCCAGCUGUCCCAUGCUGUGUGAACUGCUCUAUGAGUCUGAGUUUGACAGUCAGCUCUGGAUGCUGUUUGAUCAGAACAAGAGACUCUUGGGCUCAGGAGAUGCCUACCCACACCAGUAUUCCCUGAAGCUGGAGAAGGGAGACUACACUGUGCGCCUCCAGGUCCGCCAUGAGCAGUCUACUGAGCUGGAGCGCCUUAAGGACCUGCCAUUUGUGGUUUCUCACCGUCUGUCCACCACAAUCAGUCUAGAUGUCUACGAGACCCAUCGCGCUGCCCUCUCAGCCAAGAAGAAGGCAAACUCGGUAACCUUGUCCCCGGGUGCCAGACAGCCUUUCUAUGUCACAGCCUUACCAGAUGACAAGCUCCCCAAGGGGACGAGUCCAGGAUGCUAUCUUUCAGGCUCUCUUGUUGUGCCCAAGAGCGAGUAUGGCAAGAAAGCGGGGCAGGCCUCUGCAAAACGGCAAGGAAAGUUUAAAAAGGAUAUUGUUCCAGUCAUCUACCAUUUAAUUCCUGCUCCCAACAAAACAAAGAAUGGAGGGAACGAGAAGGACAAGGAUGGAGACAAAGAGAAAGACGUGAAGGAAGAGUUUGCAGAAGCCAUGAGAGACUUGAAGAUUCAGUGGAUGACAAAGUUGGACUCCAGCUCCAUCUAUGAUGAACUGAUGGAAAAUUACUCAGAUUACCUUCCACUACAUGUACAAAGGCUGCACCAGCUGGACUCAGAAAAGGAGCGUGUAAAACGUCUAAGGGAAGUGGUAUCAGCAGCUGACAUCGUCAUCUCCCACAUCGACCAGACGGCUUUGGCUGUUUACUUCUCCAUGAAGACAGACCCUCGGCCUGAUGCUGCUUCUAUCAAGGCUGACAUGGAGAAACAGAAGUCGUCUCUGCUGGACGCUCUGAGCAGGAAGGGCUGCGCUCUGGCUGACCAGCUCCUGCUGCCCCCUGCACCACAAGAGGGUGCCAGUGCUGUCACUGCAGGAGAAGCAGCAGCAGUGGAGGCUGGGGAGCAUGUGGCCAGCAGUUCUGACGACACCCUCCACAAUGUGGCUAAAGCCUUGAUGGAUACCUUUUGGGAGGUGCAGAAGUGGGCAGAAUUAACUGAUUCCAAGGUUUUGAUGUUUGCAUAUAAGCAUGCUCUAGUGAACAAGAUGUAUGGACGAGCCUUAAAAUAUGCCUCGAAGAUGGUGGAGGAGAAGCCCAGCAAGGAGAACAUGAAGAAUUGCAUCCAGCUCAUGCGACACCUCCAGUGGACACACUGUGCCAUCUUCAGUGAGAACUGGCUCCCUGUCAUGUACCCUCCAGACUACACACCGUUCUAGGACACGCACGCACACGAGUCAUAUGACUAUAUAUGAUCCAUCACAUGGUAACUUGGAUAUCAUGUCCCUCAGGGUCACAUGGUCUAUGCAUCAGACCUACCAGCCGCCUCCAGAGAUUUUCAAUAGCUCUUCAGAUUUAGAUGUAGGUGAACACCAAAAUGAAGUCUACAUGGUUUGAUGCACUUGACAGUUCUUGUUCAUCCUAUGGUGAUAUCAUUUUCUUUCAAAAUUAGUUGAAAUUUGUGUAACUCUUGCCAAGGCUUGUUAAUACAGUAACUCUGAAUAUUAUUUUUUUCGGGGGAAGUUUUUUUCAUCUGUAUAGAUGACACCUUCUUUUUGGUGUCAUCUAUACAUUUGAUACAUUUGGAGGCUUUCACAUUCACCUACUUGCUUCACCUGUCGGGACUCCAUAUCAUAGAAAUAACCCAUAACCUCUCUUGUGUAAAUAUUGUAAAUGGGCCAGCGUGGAAUCCACAGUUGCAUAUAAAGUCUUUAAAAACAUAACUGUGACCACAUCUGCUCACUUUCAAAGAGACAACACAAUGAUACUUCUGUGAGAAGACAGGAGGGACUUACUGCUGCACAAUGUUUGGACAUAAGAGGGCACACUGAGUCUGCCUGGGCAGGCUAGGACAGAACAACUUGUUUUAUUUUUUGGGGGGAUUGUUUUAUCCGGGUCGAUAAAUAAAGUGUUUAGUCUUGUCUGUCUUUGUAGGCUGUGACUCGUGAGCA